GUUGGGCCGGCGCUCUUCAGGGCUUUAUAGUGAAUGGAUGUGUGAAUGUUGUCAUCACAACCAUCGAGAAGAGGUAUCAGAUGAAGAGCACUGAAUCGGGUCUAAUAGCUGGCGGUUACGACGUCGGAGCCUUCCUCCUGUUGGCGCCCAUCUCCUACUUCGGCGGCACCCGAUCUAAACCACUCUUCAUUAGCGCCGGAAUUCUUGUUAUGGGCGUCGGUGCUUUGGUCUUCUCUUUGCCUUAUUUCACAUCCGGAAGAUAUGAGUUCAGCGAAGAAAUUGAUAGCAUUUGUAGCAACAGUUUAGCGAAUAACUCAACGAGUCCUGCCUUUUGCUCCAAAGAUGUCAAUCAAAACCUAUCGAACUAUAAAUGGAUUUUCUUUUUGGGACAAUUUCUCCACGGAGUCGGAGGAAUAUUCUAUUCAAUGGCUAUCGUAGGGCCGGCUGUGGGCUAUGUAUUCGGGGGACAAAUGCUUAAAUGGCUUUACGUUGAUUGGAUUGCUGUUGACCCCCAAGAACUGGGACUCAGCAAUACAAGUCCUGUAUGGGUGGGCGCGUGGUAUAUAGUGUUCAUCAUUGGCUUCAUUCUGUCAUUGAUUAUAUUCUUCCCAAUUUCUCUCUUCCCUAAAGAAUUGCCGGAGACAAAGAAAAUCCGAACCCAAAAGGUAUCGGAAGCGCAUUCAAUACACGCCAAUACCGAUGCAGUAGUUAACAAAAAUUUUGGUCACAGUAUUAAAGAUUUGCCCAAAUCUCUGAUGAUUUUAUUACGAAACCCAACCUUUAUGUUUCUCAAUCUGACCGGUGCUUCAGAAGGAAUGGUUUUGUCAGCGUUGGCCUCAUUUUUACCGAAGAUAAUUGAACAACAAUUCAGUUUAGCGACGAGUACUGCGGCCCUAAUGGUUGGCAUUGUCUCAAUCCCGGGCGCCGGCGGCGGAACAUUUCUCGGCGGUUAUAUUGUCAAUAGAUAUGAUUUAAAAUGUGCCGCAAUAAUCAAAUUCUGUAUCAUUUGCUCAAUGAUAUCCAUUUGUCUGAGCAGUGCUUUCUUAAUCUCAUGUCCAAACGUGAACUUUGCGGGUCUGACCAACGCUUACCCGAACCAGAAAUCCGAUAUUUUAAGCAUUGAGUCGGAAUGUAAUUCAAACUGUUUGUGUUCUCCCUAUCAUUACGAUCCGGUUUGCGGUCUAAACAACCAAAUGUAUUACAGCGCCUGUUAUGCGGGCUGUCGUCAGGUCUCAAUCUCUGCCGAUUCUAAACACUAUUCCGAUUGUCUUUGUCUCCAACCACUCAUUAAUAACUCACAACAUCUGAAUCUCAUGUCGAGUCAAUCCAAUGGACAUUCAUUCAAAAUUGAGGCCAAAAGAAACAAAUGCGAGUCUGAGUGCAAUCUAUUACCAUAUUUUCUGUUUAUGAUAUUCUUGUGUGAAUUCUUCGCAUUUUUGAUUGCAAUGCCGUCUUUAACGGCAACUUUGAGAUGUGUUGCUGACAGUCAGAAGUCGUUUGCAUUAGGGAUCCAAUGGAUUGGAGUUCGCAUAUUGGGUACAAUACCGGCUCCACUCAUAUUCGGCUCAUUGAUUGACUUGAGUUGCAUUUUAUGGCAAAAAACGUGUGAUAAGUCGAGCGGCGCUUGUCUUGUGUACGAUAACCAACUGAUGGCCACAAAUAUCUUAGGGAUUGUGUUUUUCCUAAAAGUGCUUUCAUUUAUAUUCCUAUUCUUCUCGUGGUUUCUGUAUAAGAGUCCGCAAACGGAGGCCAACACUGAUCACCCUCUCGACCACAUUAACCCGGAUUUACGAUUAAGUGCUCAACAAAUCACUUGUUGUCCAAAACUCAAUAUUAACGAUAACUCAACCAAAUUAUGA